GAAUCAACUACCAGCCGCCGACGGUGGUGCCGGGAGGCGAUUUGGCGAAGGUGCAGCGCGCCGUAUGCAUGCUGUCCAACACAACGGCCAUUGCGGAGGCGUGGUCAAGGCUGGACCACAAGUUCGACCUGAUGUACGCCAAGCGCGCCUUUGUGCACUGGUACGUCGGUGAGGGUAUGGAGGAGGGAGAGUUCAGCGAGGCUCGCGAGGACUUGGCCGCACUCGAGAAGGACUACGAGGAGGUCGGCAUGGAUUCGAUUGUCGGAGAGGGCGAGGGUGAAGAAGCCUAGAUACACCCCAAUCUUCAUCUUCAGCUACCCCAAUCUUUUGUUAUAUCAUUUUUAAACACCUCAAUAUUUUGUUACAUCAUUUUUAAACGCCCCAACCUUCAUUUUAACUUUGAAAAUUUCAGCGUUCCAAUGUUGAUAACUUGUUCUGUAACGUUUUUGAGCAAUUUAUUGUUGCUGAACUUUUGUGGAAUGUAUAUUGUUUUCUCAAUUCCUUCAUGGAAAAUGAAUUGAGAAUACAUAACUUGAGAAAUUUGAAGGGAGUUUUGACGAUGAGAAUAUUUAUAUGAACUUCGAUUUUAAUGAUAGAAAAUUAAUGAUAUUCAACUUGUUUUGUUUCAAUAAUUGUUGAAAUAAAUUUAAUACUCAACUGG